CAACUUCCCUUUCUCGCGUGUACUCGCCGCUUCGCCGCUACACAUGUGUUUUUCUAGCGCUGCUCCGCGCUUUGCGUUCAGUAUGCAGCUCGCACAGGACUGACGUGGGUUGCCUAUCACCUUCUUCGCCUCUUCGAAAAGCUCCACGCACCGGCAAGACGUUCGACACCCGUCCCCAACAGCUUUCAGUCGGCCGAACAGGACCCUGCGAGCAGCGCCCAAGAUGUGCGGAAUUUUUGCCUAUCUGAAUUACCUCGAACCGAAGACGCGACGAGAAAUCUUGGAAUGUCUCAUCAAGGGCCUUCAGCGACUGGAGUACAGGGGCUACGAUUCUGCUGGUAUUGCCUUUGACCGAGACCCUCUGGGGAAUGAAAUUUCCAUAAUUCGUAAAAUUGGAAAAGUUAAGGUGCUUGAGGACUCUCUAUGGCAAAAGGAAGACCUUGACAUGGACCAUGAGCACAUUACGCACGUUGGCGUUGCCCAUACGCGUUGGGCAACCCAUGGUGCUCCCAGUGACCUAAACAGCCAUCCGCACCGUUCAGACCCUGAAAAUGAGUUUGUGGUUGUCCACAAUGGUAUAAUUACCAACUACAAGGACAUCAAGCAGUUCCUGAUUCAGAAGGGGUGCCAGUUUGAAUCUGACACUGACACGGAGGUUAUUGCGAAAUUCAUCAAACAUAUCCAUGACACCCAUCCAGACCUAAACUUCAGGGAGUUGGUGGAACAAGUCAUCCAGCAGCUGGAGGGAGCCUUUGCACUGGUAUUCAAGAGCAAGAAGUUCCCACACCAGUGUGUUGCCACAAGGCGGGGAAGCCCCUUGCUGGUUGGCCUGAAGACCAAGUCCUAUCUCUCGACAGAGUUCAUCCCAGUCUUGUACAGCAAAGCCUUAACAAUGGAUCACAGUGGCGGUUUCUCUUUUGGCACUGGUGCUUUGACCUGUCCUCUGGGGUACCACCGCCCCAGAGAGGCGCACCCACCUUCAAACACGGGGGGUCUGCAUCGUACUGCAUCAACAACAGAAUUUGGCCCACCUGGCGAUGACAAGGAGAUUGAAUACUUCUUUGCAUCAGAUGCCAGUGCCAUCAUCGAACACACAAACAGGGUGAUCUUUCUUGAAGAUGACGAUGUUGCAGCUGUUUCUGAAGGGCACCUGACCAUUCACAGAUUGAAGAGGACUCUUGAUGAGAAUGUGAACCGUGAAAUCAUCACACUGAAGAUGGAAAUCCAGCAGAUCAUGAAAGGAAACUUCAGCUCUUUUAUGCAAAAGGAGAUCUUCGAGCAACCGGAAUCUGUGAUAAACACAAUGAGGGGCCGCCUCAACUUUGAAAAGGAGUCGGUGGUUCUGGGUGGAAUUAAGGACUACAUCACUGAAAUCAAGCGCUGCAGACGGCUGUUGCUCAUUGGCUGCGGCACCAGCUACCACAGUGCAAUAGCUACGAGACAAAUCUUGGAAGAGCUUACAGAGCUGCCCGUCAUGGUAGAACUGGCCAGCGACUUUCUCGAUCGCAACACUCCUGUGUUCAGAGAUGAUGUCUGCUUCUUUAUUUCCCAGUCUGGUGAGACUGCAGACACUCUCAUGGCACUGCGUUACUGCAAGCAGCGUGGUGCCCUAAUUGUUGGUGUUACCAACACUGUUGGGUCCAGCAUAUGCCGAGAAAGCCAUUGUGGUGUCCACAUUAAUGCAGGUCCAGAGAUUGGUGUGGCCAGCACCAAGGCAUACACAAGCCAAUUCAUCUCUCUUGUGAUGUUCUCCCUGAUGAUGUGCGAGGAUCGGAUUUCUAUGCAACCUCGACGCAGUGAGAUUAUUCAAGGUCUUCACAGGCUUCCAGACCAGAUAAAGGAGGUGCUCAAGCUCGACGAUGAAGUGAAGGAGCUCGCCCAACACCUUUAUCAACAGAAGUCUCUCUUGGUCAUGGGAAGGGGCUACAAUCAUGCCACAUGCUUGGAAGGUGCUCUGAAAAUCAAAGAGCUGACAUACAUGCAUUCCGAAGGCAUUCUGGCUGGGGAACUGAAACACGGCCCUCUAGCCCUUGUCGACAAGGCCAUGCCAGUCAUGAUGGUGCUUACACGAGACCCUGUAUUCCCCAAGUGUAUGAAUGCUUUGCAGCAGGUAAUCGCUCGUGAUGGACGGCCUAUUAUAAUUUGUGAAAAAGGGGAUGAAGAGACAAAGAAGAUGGCCUUCAAGUACCUCGAAGUGCCUCACUCGGUGGACUGCCUGCAAGGCGUAUUGACUGUUAUCCCACUUCAGCUCAUGUCUUACCACAUCGCUGUGCUCAAAGGUUGCAAUGUGGACUGCCCUCGAAACCUGGCAAAGUCGGUCACUGUGGAGUAAAGCCUGCAAGAGCUGCUGCUUGCUGCCAUGCUCAUGUGUGAUAGCCUUCGAUAAAACGAAAUGGAAUUAUGCAUAUAACUAUAUAGUUUGUGCACAUCUGCUGUUAGUGAAGCUUGACAUAUAAUUUUAUAUUCGAUACCAGCAAGCAUGUGUGCUUAUCGUAAGAGUAAAUUAAUGUGAGCAACAGCUGCAAUUAUGUGUUUUAGAGUGAAAUUUCGGUGAGAAUAUUGUGGACUUUCAUAGACUGAACAUUUUUUUGAUGUGGAAGAAGGCUUUUUUUUUUCAUAUUUUAUAUUUUCAGCCUCUUCACCACUGUCUUAGACUUGCUUUUAUUUGCUAGGCGUUCAGUAUUCUUGCUUCUUACAGUUAUGCCCACAAGAACAGAAUGAAAUCUAUAUUUUUUUAUUUUUGCUUGUUCUUGUAUAUAAGCCAGUUUCAUUGCAGUUGUGGAUUUGUUUUAGCCAGUGAUUUGGAGGAUGCAUGUUACAUGUCAUUUAUAUUAGAGAAACUGUACAUGAAUCUCUUUACACUUGUUUUAAUAAAAGCUUUUCAUCUAUGCAU